CAAAUGAGCGGCUUCAGAUCCAAAAGGACAUAAUCUACUGCAACAUGCCAUUGAAAACAGGAUUACUUCUCAUUCUGUUCUUGUUUACCCUCCAAGCCACACGAAUCAAAGAACUCAACGUUGACAACUUGAUUUUCGGGAUCAGAAAUGUGAAGUACAGGCACUUCCUGGAGACUCCACAGCCCAUCAACCCAUUGACAGAUGGCAGAGUCUUACUUUCUCUAGACAAGCAUCGAGCGAAGAGAUCGGCGCUGUUUAGUACAGGGGUGAAAGUGUGUCCUCAGGAGAGCAUGGGAGAGGCUGUCACCAGCCAUAAAGCCUACUACAAACUAAGAGUUUGUCAAGAAGCUGUGUGGGAGGCCUUCCGGAUCUUUCUUGACAGAGUUCCUGACACCAUGGAGUAUCAGCAGUGGGUGUAUGCUUGCCAGAGAGACUCACUUUGCAUGGAUGAUUUGGCCCAAAAUUUUAGUAGCACACAGGAGCAUCUUGCAAUGGUAGCCAGUAGAGUGAAUGCUCAAGAUGAACAGGAGAGGGCUCCCACACCUGCACCAGGCGAGAAAUGUUCAAAGAGUCCUGCCGAGCAUUUCAUCAUGGAUUCUGACAGAGAAAUUGGGGCACCAGAUGUUAUCCCUCAGAGGGUGGCAGAGCAUAUUGUGGAGUUCAGUGUGACUGUAGUAGACCCCGGCAACAGUCAACUUCUGAGUGAUCCAAGAAGCCCUCAAUAUGAAGACCACACUCGCAGUCUCUAUAAGCAGAUGCAGCAUGUUUUCAACAAACUUCCUGGGUUUAAAGAGAUUCGAGAGUUGGAAUUUCAAUCUGGAGGUGUAACAGCACGGUAUGCUGUGGUGUUUGAGACUAAUGGAGUGAGGGCUGCAGGGGACACAGGGGCAACAGGUGAAUCUGGCAUGGAGGGAGUCCUAAAGGGCAUGGUGGCCAAGGCACUAAGCGAGGACACAUCUCUACCUGUGGACAUGCUUUCCCUUACUUUCGAUACAGACUCUCCAACAGCAGAGGAGCAGGAGAACACAAUAUUAAGUACACAGAAAAGAGAAGAAAUAGGAUUUUUACCUGAGGAAAUUAGUACACAGUCCACAGAUGUCACCUCUGAGGAGACUAUAACGUCUUCUGGGAAUACUGGGAUCUCUUUUGGAGAUCUAGGCCCUGACAGGACUCAAGCAGUGUUAGGUGACUGGACAGAAAGAACUGUUAUACAGGAGGUGGUACCUGAUAUAUCGUCCCCUGUGACCAAACUGGCUGCAAAAACAGAGCAGCCGGCCACAGAACUAAUCACAAGCCCCUCCCUUGAGGAUUCAAAGAAGGAAAGACUAAUAACUGAAGACACUUUAGUGACUGGAGGAUCUCCAAGAACCCCUACAGUGGAUUACCCAUCAAAGUCAUCUAAAGUCCAAGAGGAUGUUGGAAAUGAAAUUAUUUCCACAGCUGCUUCACUAGACUUGGAUUCUUUUGAAGUAGCAAAAGCAUCUACUUCAACUCAGCUAGAAAUGGAUUUUGAUUUGACACCAGGGACCUCUCCAGCAGAGAAAACAUCAUCAAUCGUGGAAUUCCUAACCCUGACGGAGCGACCUCAAGAAGCUAUUUUUCUAGAAGAUGACACAAUUAGCCCCACUGAACCUUUAGAGACCCCUACUGAAGGUCUUUCUUCACAACCUACCAGUCUAAUUGAUAGCCCAGAGUCGCCUAAUGCAAUUGACCCAAGUGACCAUGUGGAGUCUCAAUCUGUACCUGACACUAUAGAAGCACUUCAUCCUAAGGGGUCUCCUUUGCCCACUCUAGAACCAAUUGCAUCAAUUCCCUCAGGGCUAACACCCACUGAAGGCCCCAUUUCACACGUGAGCCCUGACAAUUUCCUAGAUGAAGAGAGACAGCCGCUCUGGACUUCUUCACCUCCACAAAGUGAAGGUGUUACAGAUAAUGACACUACUACGCAAGAGAACUUAGAACAGUCUGACGAAGUGGAAGAAACUGAGGACUUUGGGAGUAGAUUACCCUCAGAAAAGGAUGAGCACAUGCAAUCCUCGGCCACUCCUCAAAGCCACGUAUCAUUUCCUUCAAUUAUGGCUUCUAACCAGGCCAAAGAGUUAUUGGUGUUUUUUAGCUUACGCGUGACUAAUAUGAUGUUUUCAGAGGAUCUUUUCAACAAGAGCUCUCCUGAGUACAAAUCGCUGGAGAAUACGUUUCUCGAACUGAGACAAUUCUCUGAACCAACUGACUCACCAAACCCUGAGGCCUCUAGUCCAAAAGCUGAAAGAGAACAGAGGACAUUAGCCUCAAUACCGCUCAUGCCAUAUCUACAGUCCAACCUGACUGGAUUUAAAGAGCUGGAGAUUCUGAACUUCAGGAAUGGCAGUGUUGUUGUCAAUAGCAAGAUGAAAUUAGCCAAACCAUUUCCAAACAAUGUUACGGAGAUGGUACACUGCAUACUUGAGGACUUCUGCAGUGCUGCGUCUAAGGGACUGGACAUGGAAAUCGACUCACAAUCAGUGGAUGUGGAAGCAGCAGAUCACGGUGAUCCGUGUAGGUUUAUGGCGUGCAACGAUUUCUCUCGCUGCAUGGUAAACACUCUAACAACAGAGCCCGAGUGUCUCUGUGAUCCAGGCUAUAGUACGAUGAAUGGCCUUCCCUGCACGAGCAUCUGUGACCUACAGCCGGAAUACUGUCUACAUGGAGGCCUGUGUGAGAUCAUACCAGGACAUGGAGCUACCUGCAGAUGUCCUUUAGGUAAAUUUUGGCACUACCACGGAGAACGCUGCAAUGAACUGGUGUCUGUGCCAAUUGACCCUCUCCUUUUCGUAGCCUGCAUGGUGGGAAGCCUCUCAGUGGUUUGUGUUGUAAUUGGCAUCUUGAUUUUCAUUAACAAGAAAUGUAUACGGACCAGAAAGACAUUGACGCUUGUGCGUUCACAAUCUCCAUUCCCCUUUGGUAAUACUAUGAGAAUAAAUCCAGUUUUUGAGAAUGAUGAUGGGGUCUUAACACAUGUGUCGAGCAUCCUCUGUCCCAUGAGCUCUGAUUCAUGUUCCUUACAACAAUCAGACCAAGGCACAUUUCGCUCACUUGUAAGUAUACAGCUUAGUAUUGAGAUCCCCAGACAACUGUACACCAGAAGAUCGGAAAAUUUAGUGUCAGAAAUGGUCGAUUUUCAUCAGUGUAUACCACAUAAUGAGGCAUGGCAGAAGUCCAGCCGGUCCUCUUGCUGUCUUUUUCGGAGUCCUGAUAGUGAAGGAUUUGAAGUGACAGUUUUAUGAUGUCCAUACUCUAUUUUUAAAAUCAAAAUGGCACCAAAGCUCUUCAGUGUUAUUCAAGCCAACUCGACUUUGCUGGUUCUUGUAGACAUUUGGUGAGUUUAUGGUUCAACCACCCUAUUCAAGGAUCAGCCAUACCCUUCAAAUAAGGAACAACUGAAGGAGCACCUUCAAAAUAGGUAUUUGUAACUAAAUUAAAUAAUCAUUUAGAUAAUUCUCGACGCAAUGUUUAAUUGCACCUGCACAACAAUGUAUUAUUUGAGACAUUGUAAUAUGUGUUGGAUGUUUUGAACCCUUGUCAUAGGUGUGUUUCCUCCAUCACAAUGAGGCAUUUAUUUACAAAUGGAUACACUGGGUGGUCUCUUAAAUACAAAAUAGAUUAUUUCUUUAAACAGUAACCUCUUGACUGAAUGUAUCUGAAUGUAUUUUGUACAUUUUUGUGGUUAUUAUUUAAAUUUUACACGUU